GUUCUGGCUGAAGGGUCCACCAGUGGCCGAGCCGGGGCACCGCGAGCCGUAACGUGCUCGCCCUUGAAAGAGGGUGCCCAGUUAGAUUUUUAGGCGACCUUUAGAACCUUACAGAUGAUUCCAAUCGAGCCUCGUUUGAAACCCCUGAGCGCUACAAUCCUCCACUAUGCUGACGCAGGCAAGGAGAAGUUCCAGCGUUCUCACUCCUUCAGCGGUUAUGUUCCGUACUACUUUCUGAGUGAUGCAGACCUUGGCGCUCAAGAGACCAACUGUUCCGGCGGCUCCUUGGCUGAGACUGACAUUGAGGCAGACACCGCAACUCCAGUGUGGCCACAUACAGAUGAGGAAGACCUUGACCACGCUCCUCCCUUCCAUGCUUCCGCCACAUCUGAGAGCAGCGAAGAGAAGCGUCUCAGCAAUCUUCAGGCUUGGAGCGCAACCCCUUAUGCCUGGGCCUGGACAGGGUCUCGGCCAGCACCCAUCGGAGAGAAGAUCAUUGAGGGAUUUGGACGUGCCUUGCGAAAGGCCGUGGGAGAGACCUUCACAGAAAACCAGAUGAAUCAUGGUGAAUCGUGCUUUCACUCCAGUGAAGUAUGUAACAUUGAAGAUUUCAUUUGGAGCUUGCACAGGGAUGCCGCCUGCCGACCAGUGUACUUUGUUUACGCCUUUGUGUACAUGUGCCGUAUGUCUGAGUUGAAUGCUGGAGUGGUAGAGUUGAGCCCCUACACGGUCCGUCGAUUGCUCCUUGCAGCAAUCACCAUCACAGCAAAGAUGCAGGAGCCGGACCUUGAUGCGACUUGCUAUGCCGAAGCAGGACGUGUGACUUUAGUUGAGCUUGAACAUCUCGAGGCAAACUUCUUGGAGCUGUUGCAGUGGAAUGUAGAUGUUUGCACGAAGAGUUUCAAGCGGAUUUUCCGCCUCCUUAGCCAAGCGGCUGUAUAGAGGCUCAAUCAAGACUAUCGUUUUAGUGAUAGAAUGUGGUUCUCGGUGAUUCUCUUAGCGAUUCAGGGAUGGGUGCUCAUGGAAUGGAAGCAAAA